UUUCCACACGGACGUAUUUCACUGAAAGCACUAAAGUGUCAUCAUACGAUGCUAGAUUCUAGCUCAGUUUCUGUAAGCGCCUUUAAAAACUGAGCCAGUAAUAUAACAUCUGCCAUUUCCGCUCUUGUGAGUGGCUGUUUGCUUUUCGAAGGACGUGUCCGACUCCUCUUAAGUUGCCUCUGAAGCAGCAGUAUCGUCUACUGCUCUAUGCUAAUCGUUAGCCAAGUGCUAACAACAGUGAAGGCAACUAACGUUAACUUACAUGCGUUAACCACCGCUGUCAUUUUCAGCGACAGCCGAACAACAGGGACCAAGGAGACUUUGACAGUCAUCCUCAGCAGAUAUCAUGGAGCUCCAGGCAGUGUUGAUGGCAGCUGGUGGGGGGUCACGUAUGACUGAUCUGACAUACAACACCCCAAAACCUAUGCUGCCUGUUGGAAACAAGCCUCUCAUGUGGUAUUCGCUAAACCUGCUGGAGAGGGUGGGCUUUGAAGAGGUGAUAGUGGUCACUACAAAAGAGGUCCAGAAGAUGAUGACGAGCACAGAUAACAAAAUGAAACUGGAUGUGAAGAUGAAACUGGAUGUGGUUUGUAUCCAGGAGGACGGAGACAUGGGCACUGCAGACGCUCUCAGACACAUCCAGCAGAAGAUCAAGACGGACGUCCUGGUGGUGAGUUGUGAUCUGAUAACAGACGUGGCACUUCAUGAGGUGGUCGAUCUGUUCAGAGCCCACAAUGCAACGCUGGCCAUGCUGAUGAGCAAAGCCCAUGAAUUCACAGAGACGGUGCCGGGCCAGAAGGGCAAGAACAAGUCGGCUGAGCAGAGAGACUUUGUUGGCGUGGAUCAGUCGGGGAAAAGGCUGCUCUUCCUGGCCAAUGAGGCAGAUCUGGAAGACGGGCUAACAGUUAGGAAGUCCAUCAUGAGGAAACAUCCCAGGAUGCACAUCAAAACAGGCCUAGUGGAUGCCCAUCUCUACUGUCUAAGAAAGGCUGUAGUGGACUUUCUCACAGAAAACAAGUCCAUAUCAUCAAUCCGUGGAGAGUUGGUACCAUAUUUGGUGCGGAAGCAGUUUUCCAAAACAACCAGCAGCCAGAAAAAUAAAGAUGAUGCAGAGGAUCAGAACCAGAAAAAUGACAGUUCUACAAACCACGAGCUCCUCAUCUCAUCACGGGAUGAGCCUCUCCUCCAGCUAGCCCAGGCGCGCUCCUGUUGGAAUGACCACCGCGGUGACAUGAGCGAGACGUACCAUGGGGGAAAGCUGCGCUGCUAUGUUCACAUCAUGGACCAGGGCCUGUGCUACCGUGUUAACACGAUAGCUGCUUAUAUCGAGGCAAACCGACUGGCCCCAAAGCUGUCUGAGGAGCCAGCGGUCCACCCAACUGCUGUCAUUUCUGAAAGAAGUCAGAUAGGAUCAGACAGUAUCAUUGGAGCUCAGUGCCAGGUAGCAGAGAAGACUUCCAUAAAGAGGUCUACUAUCGGAAGCUCUACCACUGUAAAAGAGAAGGUCAAAGUCACCAACUCUAUCAUCAUGCAUGGGGUCACGAUCGAGGAGGGAUGUAACAUCCAGGGGAGUGUGAUCUGCAGUAACGCCGUCAUUGGCCAUGGAGCAGACCUCAAGUACUGUCUGGUGGGGAAUGGACAGUGCAUCCAACCAGAGGCUGAGAGGGUGAAUGAGGUCAUCGUUGGAACCGACCAGCUGAUGGAGAUCUAGAUCCCACAGGAAAGGAGUGACAUCACCUCAUUAACCAAGCAGCAAAACACAGAAGGCAACUAAUGAUCUGACCCACUGACCCAACCAAUCAGAAGCCUAGAUGCUGCCUGAUGGUCCCACACCCUCUUCCGCUAGACUUUUUUGUACGUUGUGUCCAAAUAAAAACAGUUUCUGCUUAAACCCAUUGAUCAGUAUGUUGGUAAU